AUUUAAAUUCAGCGAAACCAAGUCGACAGGUUUGUCAAGAUGGAUAGUUUCAGGUUUAGGAGAAGCUAAAGCUAAGUCAGCAAGAGAGAUUUUCAAGCCUAAGAUUAAGAAAAAUUCAAGCUUGUUAACUAACCCGUCGUUAGACGAAGCGUUUUAUAUUCGUCUAAAGAGUGUAAAGAAUUCAGCCGCAGCCAAGAACAACAUCGACCCACUGGAAAAAGUGUAUCGAAACCAAACUUACAAACUAAUCGACGCAGUAAAACCUCUUAUGUUUUUAGCAAGCCGCAUAGGAAGGAAGAAGAAGUCAAGAAAAAUUACGCUCGCGGUUCGUGCAGCUCUUAAAUUGUGGGCAGUUCUCUACAACGACGUCACUACAGCCAGGCGCCGCAACAUUUUGUCGCAGAUAUAUCCUCAAAACAUCGGGCUUUUGGACAACAAGGGUAUCUUGCCAGUUGGCGGCGACCUUCUUUUCGGUCCUAAAUUUGUGGAUGCUCUGGUGGACCAAGUCAACACCCUCAACAAACUCGACCAAGCGGGGAAAUCAGCAGCUCCACCACCCAACCAACCGAGACCAUCUGCAUCUUCCGGAAGUAACGCUCAGAAUCGAGUCGAGGAGACCACUUACGUCGGGAGACUGGAAGCUGGAUUCUCAGACAUUCAACAUAAUCCGGACGACAUGGAAGCUGGAGGUGGAUCUUUUUGCCAGUUGCUGGAACGCACAAUUGCCCAAAUUUGUCAGCCGGUUUCCGCAACCAGGAGCGUGGAGAACGGAUGCGUUCUCCUUCCAGUGGAAGGAUCUGAAGGGAUACUGCUUCCCCCCUUUCAACAUGAUCCCGUUCUGCCUAUCGAAGAUUCGGCGGGAAGAGGCGGAAUUAAUUUUAAUAGCUCCAUACUGGCCAAGUCAACAUUGGUUCCCGGCCCUUAUGGAAAUGACGGUGGAGAUACCCAGGCUUCUCUUUCCCAAGGAGGGACUGCUUACAUCCCCAACGGGGGACCAGCAUCAGCUGACGAGGAGCUCAUCAAUCAGACUAAUCGCAUGGAAGCUCUCCGGAGUAGCCUCGAAAGCAGAGGCCUUCCGAAGAAUGUUAUUGAACUCUUGCUGGGUGCAGCAAGACUCAAUACACAAGCUGCAUAUCAAUCAGCGUGAAAAGCUUGGAACUCUUGGUGUAUCAAACGGGGUGUCCAUUCCAUGUCUGCUACUGUCAACGACGUUUUAAGCUUCCUGGCCGAAUAUUUCUCAGAAGGAAAAAGCUACAGCUCGAUACCCUAACCAAGGAUACAGAAGCAAAGACUCCAGCCACAACAACAACAACAAGUACAGAUUCUACAACAAUAACAACAAUAAUCAGAAGAAAUGAAUCAAGCCGGGCCGGAAUUUGAAUUAUCCUUCUUUUCUGCUUUUGAAUACUGAAUAGUUAAAGUACGCCCACCCACCAAGAGGGCGACACCUUUUUUGUUUUGGUUACCCCUCCUUUUGUUUGCUAAGAAUAAGCUAAUAAAAACAAGGUCAACACAGUCAAUGUCUUCACUUU